AUGGGCCUCGGACGCGUGUGGCGCGAUGCUCGUGGCCGGGUGCCGCAGGCAGGCCGGGGAGUGACCGUGACAGGGAGAGGGCGCAGGAGCCGGCGCAGCUACCGGAAGUCAGUGCUGGCGGCCGGAGCCGCGAGGAAAAGCGAGGCCAACGCCGCCCUGAUCGUGCGCGACCAGACGGAGCUGCGGCUGUGUGAGCGCUCCGGGCAGCGCACAGCCAGCGUCCUGUGGCCCUGGAUCAACCGCAACGCCCGCGUGGCCGACCUCGUGCGCAUCCUCACGCACUUGCAGCUGCUCCGCGCGCGGGACAUCAUCACGGCCUGGCAGCCUCCUGCCCCCCUUCUGCCUCCCAGCACUGCUGCCCCGACGCCCAGCAGCACCAGUGUCCCCCCAGAGCCUGAAGCCCCCUGCCCCCGGACGCCGCCCUUGUCCACCUCCACUCUCCUCUCCCCAGCUUUUCCAGGCAGGCCCACCCAUUCUGGAGCAGAGCAAGCGUCAGGCCGGGACCAGGCUCCCCUCCCACCUCCAGCACCAUCUCCAGCCCCUUCCUCCUCCAAGCCCAGCCCAGAGAGCCCUGUCUCCCUCCUGCAGGGGGCCCACCUGUCUCCUUUCUGCUGGCCCCUGCACGAGAUUUCCCAGGGCACCCACAACUUCUCAGAAGAGCUGAAAAUUGGGGAGGGUGGCUUUGGGUGCGUGUACCGGGCCGUGAUGAGGAACACCGUGUACGCUGUGAAGAGGCUGAAGGAGGACACAGGCCUGGAGCGGAGCGGGGUGCAGCAGAGCUUCCUGGCCGAGGUGCAGCAGCUGUCACGGUUCCGGCACCCAAACAUCGUGGAGUUUGCCGGCUUCUGUGCGCAAGGCGGCUUCCACUGCCUAGUCUACAGCUUCCUGCCCAACGGCUCCCUGGAAGACCGCCUGCACGGCCAGCCGCAGGCACACCCGCCUCUCUCCUGGCCGCAGCGACUGGACAUCCUGCUGGGCACGGCCCGCGCCAUUCAGUUCCUGCAUCAGGACAAGCCCAGCCUCAUCCACGGGGAUGUCAAAAGCUCCAACGUCCUUUUGGAUGAGCGCCUGAUGCCCAAACUGGGGGACUUCGGCCUGGCCCGGCUCAGCUGCUUCUCGGGGGCCAGCGCUGGCCAGAGCAGUGCUGUGGCCCGGACGCAGACGGUGCGGGGCACGCUGGCCUACCUGCCCGAGGACUACGUCAGGACAGGCCGGCUGUCUGUGGACACUGACACCUUCAGCUUUGGUGUGGUGCUGCUGGAGUCUCUGGCCGGCCAGCGGGCCGUGCGCGUGCAGGCCACCGGGACCAAGUAUCUGAAGGACCUGGUUGCAGAGGAGGCCGAGGAGGCUGGGGUGGCCCUGAAAAGCACCCAAACAGCGCUUCAAGCAGGUGUGGCCGCAGACGCCUGGGCUGCCCCGAUCGCCACCCAGAUCUGCAAGAAACACCUGGACCCCAGACCUGGGCCGUGCCCACCAGAGCUGGGCCUGACACUGGCCCAGCUGGCAUGCUGCUGCCUGCACCACCGGGCCAAGAGGAGACCCCCCAUGACCCAGGUGUACGAGAGGCUGGAGAGUCUGCAUGCGGCUGGGGCAGGGUCCUUGCCGGAGACAGAAGCUGCUGCCCACGGCGCCCCAUCCCCACAGGAGAACUCCUACGUGUCCACCCCUGGCAGUGCCCUGAGCCGUGCCAGCCUGUGGCCUCCCCGGGCUACAGAGCGAGCCCAGCCUGCAGAGAGUGACGAGAGUGUGCCCAGCCUGUCUGCUGUCCUGCACUCCUGGCACCUGACCCCGAGCUGCUCCCCAGGCCUGGCUCUCCCAGGCAGCCCUGGGCCAGGGGCCCCCCUGCAGGCCCCAGCAGCCCUUGGGCAGGCCAGCUGCACUCCAGGGGCCCCUGGCCAAGAGCCAAGCUGGGGAAGUGGCCCAGGGCCCCGAGCCACAGCUGUGCAAGGGCCACUCCCGGGCAGUUCCGUGCCGUCGGCAUCUCCACAGAUCAUCAUCAACCCGGCCCGCCAGAAGAUGCUGCACAAGCUGGCCCUUUAUGAGGACGGGGUCCUGGACAGCCUGGAGCUGCUGUCGUCUGCCUCCCUGCCAGGCUUGGGCAAGCAGAGGCCCGAAGAGAGCGAUGAGUUCCAGAGCUGACCUGCACCUGGCCAGGCCCCAUAACCCGGAAGUCAAGUUCUCAUGGUUGGAUGUUCUCGCGGCAGGGCCUUCGUGGCCACGGGCAGUGCGUGGGGCGCAGCCGGGCGGGUGCCGCUGCUCGGGCUGGCGCGGGCCGUGCGGGCGGAGCGCCCUGCAGACUGCAGAAGCCGCGGCCCAGCUCGAAGAUGAAAACGGCCUCAGCCCUCCCCGGGGAGGAAAGGCACUGUCUAGGGGCUUCGGGGGAGGAGUCAAGCCCUUCUUCCUGGACAGCCCAAAGCCCCGGGGCAAGGCGGCCCCUGGGGAACAGCAGAUGAGGUGCGGCCCGGCCUGCUUGGCCGCUGGCAGGGCUCUGCUCUGCCUCACUGAGCCGCCCGAGUCCAGCCGCACCCCUGAGCCAGUGACCUGUGAGCGGGCCAGCCUCCAGGCCCGUGGCCUCAACCAAGACACUCCCACGUCCAGUAAGCUCAAGCCUGUGUGACCCAGAUAGUGGAACGCCCCCACGAAGGUGGGAGCUGGGGAGCCAGGCAGAAAGAAGGGAAGGAAACGUUUCGGGGGGAAGGAAGUGGGGCAGACUCUUCAGAAGCCGUUGAGGGGCGUGCCGACGGAGUACCUCCAGGAGCACUGGGCUUGCAGCGACCAGUGUCCGCAGUCACGAGUCACACUACGUGCCCGCAAAGUGGGCAUCUCCGAAGGCCUAGUGCGCCGCAGUAAUAAAGACUUAGUCCCACCCUGC